AUGCCACCAGACGGUACAGCCUCUCCGGGAGAGGCUCCCCUGACGACUACAUCGUUGGAAUCGAUCCAGACAAUCGAACAGCACAAGCUUCUAGAUCUUGUCAAUCCCCUGCAUCGUGCAGGGCUCAGCUCGACCCUUCAGUUGCCACAGAUCGCCUCCUCCGGAAAAAGCUCGGUACUCGAGGCUAUCACUGGAAUCCCCUUUCCGCGCAAGGAGAAUCUAUGCACUCGUUUCGCUACCGAAAUCAUCAUGAGACGCGAUACGGUGGACGCCAUGUUCUGCAAGAUUAAUCCUGACCGAAGCCGCGGUGAGCAGCAACAGGCAGACCUCCGCAAGUUCUCGAAAUCUAUUCAAGACUUUGGUGAGCUUCUAUCGCUGAUUGAGGAGGCUACGGUGGUGAUGGGGCUGGACGAGCAUAAUGCCUUUUCAAAAGAUGUUUUGAGUAAUGAGAUCUGUGGAUACAGCAGCAACGAUUUCAGGCUCACGUCAAAGAGUCAGUCACCGCUGCAACGCGGAACCACCAAGAACAAGGAAUACAUUAGUCCCGGGAUAUUCAAUAAGGAAUUCGAAAAGAAUUUCGAGCAAAAGAUGGACAGAUAUUCGGCCGGGCAAGCUCUGGAUGCUCUUAACGCAUAUUACAAGGUCAUUGAGCGUCAUCUUGUGACCCCGUUGUCUGAGGUCCUUUCGCCAAAAGUUCUAGCUCGUUACAGCGACCAGGAUAUUCAGGAUUUGGCCCCUGAGCAACCAGAGGUGAUCCAAAAGCGGGAUGAUCUAAAUAGUAAAGUCAAGAUGUUACAGGAGAGUCAGGAGGCAUUCUGUAUUGCCUUGGGUCGGGAUAUGUGA